UGGAGAACCGUAGAGUUCAGUGCUCACUUCUCUCACUCUACGAGUCUUUAGCCUCCACCGUCGCCCAUCUCUCUGUCUCUCUGUCUGUAUUGAAAACCUUGUGUUCGCGGUAGUAAUGGUCACUCAGUCCUGCCUCGUCUCCCAAACCCCUUCAUUCCUCUCCUUCUUUCCCAAAACUCCCAUUCCUACUCCCACUCGCACCUCAUUCUCAUUCUCAUUCUCAUUCUCAUUCAACAAAGCCCCCAACCUUCGUUUCCCAAUCUCUCUCUGUCGCCCAACAGCAAUGGCCUCCAAAUCCAACCUCUCCAAUGACGUCCCCGACGGCCUUCAACAACUAGACUUUCUAGAUUCCGAACUCGAUCGCUUUGCUGAGGUCGCCAACAAGGUCGCCGACGCCGCCGGAGAAGUCAUUCGGAAGUACUUCCGGAAUAAAUUCGAGAUUCUUGACAAGGAGGAUCUGAGUCCUGUAACCAUUGCAGAUCAAGCAGCAGAGGAAUCUAUGGUUACAAUUAUACUUGAGAAUUUUCCUUCUCAUGCAAUUUAUGGAGAGGAGAAUGGAUGGAGGUGCAAAGAGAAGUUUGCAGACUAUGUUUGGGUUUUAGAUCCAAUAGAUGGAACAAAGAGUUUCAUCACUGGAAAACCCUUGUUUGGUACCCUAAUUGCACUCCUAUACAGGGGUAAACCAAUUCUUGGCAUAAUCGAUCAGCCUAUUCUGAGAGAAAGAUGGAUUGGGAGAAGUGGAAGGAAAACAACACUAAAUGGACAAGAAGUGUCUACUCGCACUUGUGCAGAACUGUCACAAGCCUACUUGUACACUACAAGUCCACAUCUCUUUGGUGGGGAUGCAGAAGCAGCAUUUGUUCGUGUUAGAAACAAGGUAAAAGUGCCAUUAUAUGGCUGUGACUGCUAUGCUUAUGCUCUUUUGGCUUCUGGUUUUGUGGAUCUAGUUGUUGAGUCUGGUUUAAAGCCGUAUGAUUUCCUUUCGUUGAUACCUGUGAUAGAAGGUGCGGGGGGUGUUAUAACCGAUUGGAAAGGAAACCAGCUUCACUGGGAGGCAUCUCCAGAUUCACCUGCAACAAGUUUUAACGUAGUGGCAGCUGGGGACAAACAGAUUCACCAACAAGCUGUAGAUUCAUUACAAUGGCAGUGAAGAUUAAGUUGAACUGGAAUAUGUAAAAGCCAAUGCCAUUCCCGGAGUCCUAUCUUUGGGUUUAGAUAUCUCGAAUAGAAUGUAGAACAGUAGAAGGACCAAUAGGAUUAAAAAAAUAAACGACAAAGAGAUCUCUUAGGAGGAACUGCAUUUUUCAUUGUCUUUUAAAGUCUGUGCGUAUCUUGAAAAGCAAUUGCAAUGGCAAUUGUCAGAUUAUACCAUAUGUAGAAUUUCAUAAGCCAUAUUCUCCUCCCACCAUAACUAUUUUGGGGCACGUGUCCCAAUCUCAACAGGAUACACAGGACACGUGUCUCAAUCUCAACAGGUCCACCAAGCCAAAUCCUCAUUACUAACCUGCCUUCUGGUUCUCAACUUGUCGUAAAAACUGUUGGACAAGAUUUGGAACCCACGGUUAAGUGCCCUUCAGGGAAGGGCGGGUUGUGUAUAGAUACAAUGAUAGACUAAUAAAAGCAAAUGUUUUUUCAUGGA